AUGGAUCUAUCUAACAUCUUUCGGAUCGUCAACAUCGUUGUCGGUGUGCUCAUGGUCCUCGGUGGUAUCUCCCAGUUCUUCCCUGCGACCAUGAGCACCAUCAUUGUUGGCGUCUAUGUUAUCAUCUUUGGUCUCAUCGUUGGCGGACUGGAAUUUCUACCCAACGUCCCCGACUACGUGUACCGCUAUGCGUCUUUCCUCUUCUCUUUCCUGGGACGGGGCGGCUUCUACAUCUUCGUCGGAUCGAUCCUCUUGCAUGAUAGCAUCUUGCGGAUCAUCGCGGGCUCUAUCGUUGGCUUCAUCGGUCUGGGCUACAUCGCCCUGGAGUUCAUUCCCUCCAUCGAGCCUCCGUCAAACAUGCGUGAGACCGACCAGGGCUGGGGUGCCGAGCAGGUCUAA